GGACCGGCGGGCGGGGCGAGCGGCCGGACCGCUGCGGAGGGACCAGCCGGGACCAGCCCGACCUGCCGGGACCAUGACUUACGCUUAUCUCUUCAAGUACAUCAUCAUCGGGGAUACAGGUGUGGGAAAGUCAUGCCUCCUCCUGCAGUUCACAGACAAGCGGUUCCAGCCGGUCCACGACCUCACGAUAGGCGUGGAGUUCGGGGCCCGGAUGAUCAGCAUCGACGGCAAACAGAUCAAACUGCAAAUCUGGGACACGGCCGGGCAGGAAUCCUUCCGCUCCAUCACCCGAUCUUACUACAGGGGAGCGGCCGGAGCUCUGCUGGUGUACGACAUCACUAGGCGGGAGACCUUCAUCCACCUGACCUCGUGGCUAGAAGACGCCCGCCAGCACUCCAGCUCCAACAUGGUUAUCAUGCUGAUCGGGAACAAGAGUGACCUGGAGUCCCGCAGGGAUGUGAAGAAGGAAGAAGGAGAGGCCUUCGCCCGCGAGCACGGGCUCAUCUUCAUGGAGACCUCGGCCAAGACGGCGUCCAACGUCGAAGAGGGUCUCCCCGACGGAGAAGGAGUAGCCAUCCUGGAUUGCCGACCCGCGUUGCCGCUCAGCUACUGUCGGAGGCCUUCAUCGACACAGCCAAAGAAAUAUAUAAGAAGAUCCAGCAGGGCUUUUUUGACAUCAGCAACGAGGCCAACGGGAUCAAGAUCGGGCCCCAGCAGCCGAUGGCAGCGGCGACGGGGACCGGCUCCUACCCCGGCCCCCACGGCGCGGGGGACGGCGCGGGCUGCUGCUGAGCCUCCGGUCCCGGGCCCCGGCCCUCCCUGGGGCGGCUCCCCCUCCCCCCCCGGCCCCCGUUUUUCCCCUCCCCCCGCCCCGCAGCUGGCUUGAGGAGAGGUCCCGUCUGCUUCGUCCUCAGGUGUGACACCCCGCCCCUCCCCCCCACCCCCCGGCCAGGAGAGGACUCAGGACCCUGGCCGCCCUGUCGCGCCUCGGGGACGCGAGCGGCCCCUCGAGGUGGGGGAGCCUCGGCCCCCGCUUUUCCUCCUCCUCCUUUCGUUUGAAACUGACCGGAGGGAGGCGGGGACUCGGUGGAUUUCCCCAGCCCCUUUCUGCGGCCCCACCUGGGCUCCCCUGGGGGACGCCCGUGCGCUCGGGCCCAACCCCUUGGGUCGGCGAGGGUCUGGCCGCCCAGGAGGGGAAGUAAAGGCCGGAGCUCCCUCCUGGAGACUUGCCCUCGUACCCGGCCCCCUCUUUCCCAGCAGCUCUGGGUAGAAACGAGCCCCGCUAGAGCAGCUCAGAGGUUUUCCAACCUCCCCGCCCGUCCGCCUGCCCCUUCCCCGGUCCGCAGACUGGGAUCUGCUUCCCGGACCCAGUGGCGAGGGGGGCCGGGGGAAGCCGGUCCGGGACCCUCGGCCUCCCCCCGGCCUGCGUGACGGUUCCCGGCGGAAGUACUCUCUCCCCGGAAGCGAGCUCAUUCCGUGCCUCUCCGCCGCUACGGAUCCCGAGGCCUUAGCGGUGCCUGGGAGGAACCCACGUUCCAGCCUCCUCCGUCCGCGCACCUGGGGCAACAGAGUCCCCGCCACCCCGUCCUCCUCUCCCCCGGGACCACCUCCUCCGGUCCGGGCGGGAAGGCCGCCGGCCGCCCGGCCGUCAGAAUCGUGACGCGCGCUUCCCCAGCCAGAUGCUCUGCGGCCGCAGCGGCCCGCUAAGCUCCCCUUGCGGGAGGCUGCCCUGGGCCCGCCCUCUCCCCCGCGGCUCCGUCCCCGACCCCGUGGCUCCGCCCAUUCCGAGCCGGUCCGGAUCCCUCGCCCGUCCGGAUAUGUUACCGCCCGGCUCUCCCGACGACCACCUGCCCCGGCAGCUGGACUCCGUUAACUUUUCUAAUCUCUUUUUCGUUCGUCGGACUGUCUCGCCAUUAAAUCGAUGCAUUCAUCCAAA